GAAAGAGAAAGAGGAGAGAGCAAACCGACUCCAACGAGAAAACCCAACCCCACAGAGAUCCUCUCUCUCUACAAAUUCUUCGAACCCUGACCUCACCUCUCAUUUCCCGCGAUUCCUCUUGUUUUCCGUCAUGAUUACGGCCAAAUAGAAUCGAGCCGUCACCGGGAAAGCAAUACUUUGCCGGAAAUGGCUGAUUUAGGGCAACAGACCGUUGAGUUCUCAGCCGUAGUUCGAAGAGCGGCUGAGGAGUCGUUUCUCUCUCUAAAAGAGCUUGUUGAGAAAUCACCAAACCAGAAUGAUUCUGAGAAAAAGAUACGUCUCCUCAAAUAUAUACUCAACACAAGGCAGCGAAUGCUUCGCCUCCAUGUUCUUGCCAAGUGGUGCCGCCAGAAUCCCCUGGUUCAGUACUGUCAGCAACUUUCAGGAACUCUGUCAAGCCAUGAUACUUGUUUCAGCCAAGCUGCAGAUUCUCUAUUCUUCUCCCAUGAAGGACUACAACAAGCACGUGCACCCAUCUAUGAUGUGCCCUCUGCUAUUGAAAUUCUUCAGACUGGAACUUAUAAGCGCCUACCGAAGUGUAUAGAAGACAUGGGUUUGCUGUCCUUGCUUUCUGAAGAUGAGAGGAAGGAAGCUUUUGAAAAAUUAAACCCACUUAUGUGGUCAAGGCUUCUCGAAGUGGUGGAUCAAAAAGAAUUUAGUCAUGUUGAUGUAUCAGAGGGCACUGCAAGGUUCAGUGUAGAUGGUGAAUUCAGGGUUCAGCUCACUCUGGGCUAUCGAGGACAUCUAUCCAUGUGGAGGAUACUCCAUUUGGAGUUACUUGUGGGUGAAAAGAAUGGGCCUGUGAAGUUAGAGGAAAUGCGAAGGCAUGCUCUUGGGGAGGAGCUAGAACGCAGAAUGGCUGCUGCAGAGAAACCAUUUGUAAUUCUGAAAUCGGUUCUCCAUGAAUUUUGCAUUGCCCUUGUCGUGGACACUGUGAUAAGACAGCUUAAAACAUUACAACAAGGCAGGUGGAAAGAUGCCAUACGUUUUGAGGUUAUAGCAGAUGGCAGUGCAGGGCAAGGAGUUCAUACUCAGUUACCUCAAGAUGGGGACAGUGAUCCAUCUUCAUCAAGAACUCCUGGAAUAAAGCUUAUGUAUUGGUUGGAAGGUGACAAGAACAUGGGAGGGUCUGAUUUGGGUUCGGUUCCUUUUAUCAAAAUUGAGCGAGGACCUGACCAACAAAUAACGUGUUCCCAUAGCACAUUCAUAAUUGACCCAUUAACCGGCAAUGAGGCCGAACUUUCCCUAGAUCUGAGUUGUAUUGAUGUUGAGAAAUUGCUGUUGAGGGUUAUUGCCUGCAAUAGGCAUACUCGCCUGCUUGAAGUUCAUCGUGAGCUGCGCAGUAAUAGCCAAAUAUGUCAAGCUGCAGGUGAUGUUGUUCUCAGAUGCCACAUACUAGAUAAAAGUGAAGCAGCUUCAGGGAAGGAAAGUUUCUUUGGGGGUUUCGACGGACAAUGGGAAGAAGCAUUAUCUGUCCGGGCUUUUAGUACAUCAUACAUAUCUCUUGGGAUCAAUAUCAGGAAUGGACGUUUUCUUUUCCAGUCAUCCAGGAAUGUGGUUGUGCCAUCGGCAUUAGCGGAAUGUGAAGAAGCAUUGAAUCAGGGAACCAUGACAGCAGCUGAAGUAUUUAUAAGUUUACGAAACAAAAGUUUAUUGCACUUGUUUUCAUCAAUUGGAAGAUUUUUUGGUUUAAAGAUUGAAUGUGGCCUGGGAUUUGGUCAGACCCAAUUCCAAGUCUUACCUAAAAAGGUCUAUGACCAAGAUAGUACUGCACUCAAGAUUCCUAAAGAGCUUAUGAAUGGAUCAGAUCUGUUGCUUAUGGGGUUUCCUCAGUGUGGGAACUCCUAUUAUUUGCUGAUGCAGCUGGACAGGGAUUUCAAACCUCUUUUUACACUACUGGAAUCAGAAGCAGAUCCAAAUGGAAAAUCCAGCUUGCUUGGCGAUGCCAACCAUGUGAUACGCAUCAAUAAGAUUGAUAUUGGGGAGAUGCAAAUGGUUGAAGAUGAAGUGAACUUGAGUGUUCUUGACCUUAAAAAGUUGCUCUCUCCAUUAAAAGAAAGUGGUUCUGCUAAUCAAAUUUUAGAAUCAGGAUUGCAUUCUAGCCUUAACAAUGAUGCUUCUGUACAGUUUCCUGGUUGCCCCCAAUCCUGUUUUUCAUCUCUUGCUGACGAUGUUUUUGAUUUUGAGAAGGCAGCAUCAUUACCUCAGCACCUAUCCGUUAACAACCAUGUCCCUUUGCUGGUAGACAGUGCUCCUCUUUCGCAUCUUAGUUCUCCUCAAACAAGUCAUCAACGAAUAACUGCAGGAUUUAUCUCUCCUCGAUGGGAGGCCAAUUCACAGUUUUCUCAGAACAGUAAAAUUUCAAAAGUUACCAUCAGUGGCCCCCAAUUUAGUAAUAAUCCAUCAUUUUCCUCACAUAGUUCCAAAGGUCUACUUGAAACUUGUCCGAACAAUUCUCUCUCUCCCUUUGGCACUGUGAGGAGUCCAUCCAUGCAAAGGCUGUCUAUUUCCAAAUCUGAUCAGGAUCUGACUUCUCUUAAAUCUGUUCCACAUCCGGUUCAGGUAAGUUCAGCUUCUGGAAUUGAUGAGUCUUCUGAAGAGGCACAUGUGAUGGUUUCUGGAAAUAGGCCUACUCACCCACUUCGAACAAAUGACCCUCGAGUUCUUUCGUCAUCUUCAAGGACUGGUCUACUCAGAAGUUCACCUACUAGGCAUAUUGGUUGUCCUUUGAGAAAUCCAAUGUCUAGCGUGUGGGCUACCUCUCCCGUAUGUCAAACUUCGGAAACUGGGAUUCCUGAUAGCAUGUCGGAUGCAGUUAAAAAACCUGAGAAAACUCAAAGGAAGCGUUCCCUUUCUGAUAUAAUUAAAUUAGUUCCCUCUUUGCAAGAAAUAGAGGCUACUACAGCAAUGCGAAAGAGAAGGAAAAUGUCAGAAUCAGAAAUAGUUCCUUUUCGUAUUGCAGAAGCAUCUACUCUGCCGGCAUCAAUAUGUAAAACUAGGGUUCUCACAUAUGGGGAUAUCUUGGAUGAAGCAAAUCAUGGGCUAGCACCUUCCAGUAUAUAUGCUACAGUCCUCCUCCAUGUUGUUAGGCACUGUUCCCUCUGUAUUAAGCACGCUAGGCUAACCAGCCAGAUGGAUGCCCUUGACAUUCCUUAUGUUGAAGAAGUGGGUUUACGAAAACCAUCCUCAAACUUGUGGUUUCGCCUGCCAAGGUCUGGAAAUGAUUCUUGGCAACAUAUAUGUUUGCGUCUUGGUCGUCCAGGAAGCAUGUAUUGGGAUGUCAAAGUAAGUGACCAGCAUUUUAGGGACCUUUGGGAGCUUCAAAGGGAAAGUAACAAUACCCAAUGGGGCCCCGGUGUUCGAAUUGCAAAUACCUCUGAUGUUGAUUCUCAUAUACGAUAUGACCCAGAUGGAGUAGUCCUAAGUUAUAGGACAGUGGAGGUAAAUAGCAUUGUAAAACUGGUGGCUGAUUUACAGAGGCUUUCAAAUGCUCUGACAUUUGCUCUUGGAAUGCGAAAAUUGCUGGGUGCAAGAGCAGAGGAUGGACCCCAUGAAAGCAGAGGAAGUAAUGAAAGUAGAGCAGUGGUUGGUGCCAAAAGUGUUGGCGAGGUUGGAGAUAAGGUGGCAGAACAGAUGAGGAAGACAUUCAGGAUAGAAGCUGUUGGUCUCAUGAGUCUGUGGUUUAGUUAUCUUGGUUCAAUGCCUGGAAUUAUGGCUCGCUUUGUUGUUGAGUGGGAGGCGGGCAAAGAGGGCUGCACCAUGCAUAUUUCCCCAGAUCAACUAUGGCCUCAUUCUAAGUUCUUGGAAGAUUUUAUCAAUGGGGGAGAAGUGGCAUCACUCUUGGACUGUAUCCGUCUCACUGCAGGGCCAUUGCUUGCUCUGGCUGGUGCGAUUCGCCCUGCUCGGAUGUCUGGCCCUGGCUCUGCAAUGCCAAACAUCACCAUGGGUGGGAGUGUUCAAGCAGGUAAUAAACCCAACACUUUUGUUGCAUCUCAGGGCCAAGUCCAAAGCAAUAAUACAUCACAUCCCCAUCAAAACCCAUUGAAUAUCACAACUGGAAACGCCACUGCUUUGGGUCCUAUCGGGAAUCAUAUUACACAAAGUGCUGCUAUGCUAUCGGUUGCAGGUAGAGGAGGGCCUGGUAUUGUUCCUAGCACCUUGCUACCUAUUGAUGUCUCUGUUGUUCUUAGGAGCCCCUACUGGAUUCGCAUAAUUUAUCGUAAAAAUUUUGCGGUUGAUAUGAGAUGCUUUGCGGGAGACCAUGUUUGGCUACAACCAGCUACACCCCCAAAGGGUGGGCCAGAGGCAGGGGGCUCAUUACCUUGCCCUCAGUUUAGGCCCUUUAUAAUGGAGCAUGUAGCUCAGGGUUUGAACACUUUGGAUGCUAAUCUCAUUGGUGGUGCCGCUUCAAGUACUUCUGUAAACUCAAGCAGUGGAAACCCUACUUUGACUUCGAUUACUUCACAAGCUCCACCACCAACAACUGGGGCUCGACCCAACCCUGCAAGUUCGGCUGGAAUACCUAGAGCAAUUGGGCCAAGUGGGGCUGUUUUAAAUAGAGUGAACCCAAAUUUGGUGGGGCCUUCGGGUUCAGGUGCUGUGAAUCCAGGGCUUCCUAUGCGUAUAUCUCCAGGUUCGGGCCUUCCUGUUCAUGUGAGAGGAGAACUGAACACUGCUUUUAUUGGACUCGGUGAUGAUGGAGGUUAUGGGGGGGGAUGGGUGCCCCUUGCUGCUCUUAAGAAGGUCCUUCGUGGUAUUCUCAAGUACCUCGGAGUGUUGUGGCUGUUUGCACAGUUACCCAAUCUGUUGAAAGAUAUCCUUGGUUCGAUUUUGAAGGAUAAUGAAGGGGCGCUUUUGAACUUGGACCAGGAGCAGCCUGCACUGCGCUUCUUUGUUGGUGGCUACGUCUUUGCAGUGAGUGUGCACAGGGUUCAGCUCUUACUUCAAGUCUUGAGUGUGAAACGCUUCCACCAGCAGCCUCAACAGCAACAACAGCAACAACCAAACCAGAACCAAACUGUCUCAACACAGGAGGAGCUCACGCAAUCCGAAAUCGCUGAGAUAUGUGACUACUUCAGUCGACGAGUAGCUUCCGAACCCUACGACGCCUCUCGAGUUGCAUCUUUCAUCACUUUGCUCACUCUGCCCAUACCUGUUCUCCGAGAAUUCCUCAAGCUCAUAGCUUGGAAGAAAGGGUUAUUAUCUCAAGCACAGGGGCAGCAACAACCGGGUGGUGGGGCUGGAGGUGAAGCUGCAGGUCCCACACAGAGGCCUCGGGUCGAGCUCUGCCUUGAAAACCAUGGAAGUUGGUCACCUGAAGAAGUUCCAGGUUCGAACGAAAAGCCUCUGAAUUCACGAUUGGGCACCUCCAAAAGCAACAUAAGGUACAAUCGCCUUAACAAUUCUGUUGACUUCGGCCUCACCAUUGUGCUUGAUCCAACCCAUAUCCCUCACGUGAAUGCGGCUGGAGGGGCAGCCUGGCUUCCCCAUUGUGUUUUGGUGAGGUUGAGAUAUUCGUUUGGAGAGAGUAAUCAUGUUACUUUGAUUGGUGUUGAGGGGAGCCAUGGGGGAAGGGCCUGUUGGCCUAGGGUUGAGGAUUGGGACAGGUGUAGGCAAAGGGUGGUUAGGGCUGUGGACUUAUAUGGGAGUGGGGCUGCUCCUCCCGGUGCUGACUUGAGCCAAGGGAGGUUGAGAAUGGUGGCUGAGACCCUUCAGCGUGCACUCUUGGCCUCGCUGCAGCAGCCUAGGGAUGGAGGAUCUUAGGGUGCUUCUUCGGCCACAGCUGGGUUUAGAACUUCAUGAUAGGUCAUUUAAAGCAUAAGGUGAUUGAGAUUUGUUUUGGUUAGUAUUUCGAAGUUUUCUGAAGCUUGUGACAAGAAGAAUGGCCCCUCAUGUUUCAGUGCUCCAAUUGUGAUUCCAUUGAGGCAUUUGCAUAGUGGAGAUUGAUUGUUUGGAGAUCUUGAAAUUUUUAUGGAUAUUGUGGAUUGUUUGUCUAUGAGGGCAGGUGGAGAGUUUGUGCAGGAAAUGAAAGGAGAGGAAGUUGGACCUAAAGGAGCUGUACUUUCAAUUGAUUUCCAGGGGUGGGGCAUUGGUGUAUUUUGGUGUGAAUGGGGGUGGGGCUCCUGUAAAAUGGUUGUAGUGGAAGGUUAUCUCUUGUACAGAUUGUAGUGCUAAUUGAGCUUUGGUUUAUUGGUGGGGCAGUGCGGGGUAUCUGCACGAUAGGUUUGGUUUAUUCUCACAAUUGAGUGUAACUGCUUUGACUCCUUUGAGAGAGAAUCAGGGUAUGGGCUGACAAAUUUUCUUCAAUUUGACCUUCAGCUUUGUGAAAAUUUUGUUUCUUAUUGUGAUUGACGAUAAUGUGUACUGCAGCAAGGGUAAAGUUACUGAAACUGCCGUCAUGUGGCAUUGGCCUCUAUGUCUGAACUUUUGAGUUUUGGUUUCAUGUGUCAGCUCAACGUGUCGUAAGACAUUAAUAAAUAAGCAAUCAAUGGAACGCACUUUGGUCA